UUGCUAUAGAUCCACCCUUUCGGGUAUGAAAUCGUUACAUAAUGCAUGGCUCAAUGUGUACCCAAUUUAGUUUCAUUCUUUGCAUAUUUCCGUCAGAUUGGUGGAAAUUAGUGUUAUAGGUACUCUCGUAAUAUUUGUUAUUUGAGAUCGGUUGUGAUAAUGAAAUGAGAUCGGAUUGAAAUAGAAUGAUUAACGUACGAUCAGUUCGAUUGUUGACACAAUAUAAUGGUGUAAGUUGUGAUUCAUGUUUAAAAGGCAAUUUCCGUGGUCGAAGAUAUAAGUGCUUAACAUGUUACGAUUACGAUUUGUGCGCUUCUUGCUACGAAGCUGGUGCUACCACUACACGGCAUACUAUUGAACAUCCUAUGCAGUGUAUCCUAACGCGUUCGGAUUUUGAACUGUACUAUGGAGGUGAAGCGUUGACUAACGAACAAUCCCAGUCUUUCACAUGCCCAUUUUGCGGUAAAAUGGGUUUCACUGAGACUGCGUUACAAGAACACGUAAAUGCCGAUCAUCAGGAUUCUACGGUGGAAGUGGUGUGUCCGAUAUGCGCUGCUCAGCCUGGUGGCGAUCCGAACCUAGUGACUGAAGAUUUUGCCGGACAUUUAGCUCUAGAACAUAGACCUACUCCGAGAGAUCUUAUCUCCUUUUUAGAUGAGCCUACUGGAUCAAGACAUAACGUUCGUAGGUUGCCAAAUCCUACGAGAGGCAUUGGUGGUCGCGGCAGAAGAUCUAACAUGCAUUUUAGUUCGUCUGGCGGGAUUUCAUCUUUGUCUCCGUCUGGAAGAGACGCCGUUGAUCCAAUCGCAGAAUUACUUUCUCAGUUGAGCGGAGUACGUCGUAAUAAUACUACGCAGGGUUCUGCUUCUGCUCAGUUGCAACAGUUACAAAUGCAAUUACAAUUAGAAAGGCAACAAGCCGCUCGUCAGCAGCUCGAACGAAUUCCUAGAAGACAAGUUCAUGCCACAUCUGCAACUGCUGCAACCAGCGGAACGACUAGUACUACUGUAACAUCGCUGAGUAAUCACGUUUUAGCUGUUUCUAAUGCUAGCGGCGGUACUUCUACCCCGAAAACCAGUGAAAGCGCUGCUAAUAAUAAUACAUCUGCUCAUGUGCAAUCACAUUCGCAACUUAUGCUUACCAAGUGUAUGGAUACAAGCUUAUCAGAAGCGGAACUAGAAGCAUUAGAAAUUGAACGAGCUGAUCGUAGCUAUUUCAUGCAAGACGUGCUUUUAAAUACAUUAAUGAUAAACACAGACGACGACGACGAUCCGAAAGACGCAGCCGAAUCAUCGGCCGAUAAAGUCGAUAAUACGAAAUCGGUGCGCGAACGCUCCUCGCCUAUGCAACAAUUGCCACCAUCGUCUCAACAACAACAGCAGCAGCAGCAACAACAACAACAACAGCAGACGCAACAACAACAGCAACAGCAGCAACAACAGUCUUCGCAAAACGCAGUUAACCAGUCAACGGAUCGGCCAGCUGUAGCGGCGAAAUCCGACCAACAGCCUCAGGCCGGAAAACAGCAACGCACCACGCAACAGAGAACGUCGCCUACUACCCAACGCACCGCCAGCCAGCAGUUGAGCAUUGCUGCUCAGUCUCGUAUCGAAUUUACUAUUUCACGUCCUCAUCAGCCUUCUCCUGGUAAUAUUAACGUUAGGGAAGUUCUAGUGGGUAAUAAUAAUUACUCGAGUGCCGAUACCGCUCGAAGGAAACCCAUUUGUACCGUAGACAGUAUAAACCAAACGACAGAACCGCCUACGUCCCAUUAAAACAAAACACACCUUUCUAGUCGUAAUUUUUUUUUUCUUUUUAGCCAUCGCAUUUUUUCCCUUUCUAUCUUCUUAUGUUAUUAUAGAUUACGUCGAAAAAAAAAAUCGCAUUCGGGUUAUAUUAUUGUAUUGUCCUUCUCUUAUAUCCUAUCUCUCUGUUUCUCUAUCCCGUCAACGUGUGUAUUUUUGGAUCAGUCAUUGAACUUGAACGAGCAACCAAUCGGUGAAUCUCGUUGAUCGAAUUGCGACUCGUGCCUUCGGAGGUUGAAUCCUUGUUUUUUUUUUCGUCGUAUUCGCGUGCCCUCUCUCUCGUUCGAAUAUAUCACGCUUCGAAUACCUAUAUGUGGAAUAAAAUAAUAUUUAUUUAUUUUCUCUUUUCUUUGUAGGAUUUUUAUACGAGUUAUUUGGUAUAUCGAGAAUUUGUUUUCGUUUUUUUCCCCUUUAUCCCCCCUAUAUUUUUUUUUGCCCUUUUUAGCCAGUGAAUUAUGUUAGUCAGCUUCGUGCUGUGCGAAAUGAGUCUGUGAAUUCAUUGUCUCUUCAUAUCUCGUCCUCGUCGUCGUCGGUGAAUAUGGUUAACGCGAUAUUGCGUACCUCCGUAGGUACGUACGUUUUGUAUAGAAUUCGUCUUAUAUCUCAUUUUCUCUUUUCUCGGUCAAGUUGUAUAGAAUUUUGUAAAAAAAAAAAAUCAAGCGUCCUUCCCCUCUCCCCCCUUCCCUCCUCAUUCCCCUGAGCUCUUACAAUUCCCCCUUUCCUUAUUUUUGCGUGUUUCGUUUUCGUAAAUCUACUACGUAUAUAGGGGAUCGGAUUUUCCAUCUAAUUCAUGUGUGUAUAUAUAAACGUAUAGCGCUUUGAUGAAAAAACCCAAACGAAAAAAAAAAAUACAAAUAUGUAAGAAAUGGUUGUGUUAUCGCGACUACCUUUUUUUUUCAAGAGUAAAAAAAUAUUCGAAUGGAAAAUUUUUCGCUAUUGAAAAUUAUUAUUACUUUAGCCUUCCUGUUAUUUUUUUCCCCCUUUGUUACUGAACGUAUGCAACGAAAACCUACGCACGGUAUUGCUGAACACGAAAUUUUAAUAUUAAAUUUUAAUUCGAAGGCGAUUGUGAUUUUGAUGGGUACUUCGUCGUGGAUGUCUCAUGAUUUAGGCUUCCCUCCGUAGAGAAUGUAUCGCGUUAUCGGAUCAUGUAAGACGAGUCCAGAGCUUCUUUAAAAGAGUUCCGUAGCGAAAAGAAAAUAAAUUGUUUGUACUAUAAUUAUAUUCUGUGAUUUAUAUACUGGGUCGAUUAGCUUAUUAACACAUAUUAUAUCUUAUAUACCUUCGUAUUAACGCUGUAUAUAAAAAAUAUAAUUAAAAGUUACUUGAAGUU